GCGUUGAAACUAAUGGUAUAACUAUUUACAUUCAAGCAAAAAAGGCAAUAUAUUGUACUUAUUUCUUAAGGACAUGAUUGUUAAAAAGUUUCUGUGAUCGAAUUUGAUAUUGUGAUUUCAUAUAAACAUUUGAUAUGAAAACAUUUUAAACACAAUUUCGGUACCACUUGAUUCAUACCAACUUGAAUGGACUAAAACAGAAACUUUAUUCGAUGGCGGAAAAACAAGAUAACAGCGCAACAAGUAAAUUAAAAGACUCCAAAGAUCAUAUAGAUGUCGAAAUUCUCGGAUAUUUCAUUGAACUUUGUAUGGUUUCAUUGGGUGGCGCACCAAAUAUUACAACAGAUUUUACGGUUGUGAAGAAAAUUUUUGAGGAUGUCUUUCAAUUGUACUUUGAAUUCAGAUUAGUUGGAAGUACUGUAGAUCGCCUUUAUUUGCCAAAAUGGCUGAAUCCUAAAAGUAGCGAAGAUUAUAUGUACGGUUUUAAUACAGACAUUGAUACUUUGUUUAUUCCUACCUCUGUAUAUGUAAGUAACGACUACUCAGAUGGUCCUUUGGAUGUGGCAGUCAUUCAGCCAACAGAUUUUGGGACCUUCGUUAAGCUUCAAUAUAACGACAAAUGUCAGUAUCGUCUUCCGUCCGCCAUGAUAUCCGACGAUGGUUAUAUAUCAAGUAAAAAGGUGUUAGAAGAAAUUCUCCAUCACAUGGAUAAGAAUAAAGUUCAUAUUGUUGGACCAUCUCUUCAAACACAAAAUCAUGGCGUUUCAGGUCAUUUGGCUAUCACAUCAUCUGACAGGGUUUUCGCAUUUAAAAAUAAAAAAUGGCCAAAAUUAGCAGACGAGUGGUUGCAUAGAGAAAGAUCAAACAAUUGGCCAUCAGUAAGUAUCAUAGAAGAAAUAUCAUCACUUUGUAGUCAUGUGGUUCCUAAGGGCAACCCACUUACUCUGGAACAGGAUCUUACAUGGCGUAUUUCUUUCAACAUGGCAGAAAGAUACAUGGCGGACAUGAUGACCCUGGAACAGAAGAAGUGCAUUGUAGCAUUAAAAUCUUUGAUAAAACGGUCCAAUAUUGAAGUUAUUUCUUCAUAUCAUAUAAAAUCAACCAUGUGGUGGAUGGUCGAACAAGGUGACAGCUCUGUCUGGAAGAGAAAUGUUGGAUAUUGUUUUUUAGAAUUCAUUGACGAAUUGAUCAGGGCGAUUGAUAAAGGGGUUAUCCGGAAUUACUUUAUGCCGAAUUGUAACAUGAUUCAGGCGGCUUCUAGUGAUGAAUUGCAAAAAGCUCUAGAUUGUCUUCAAUCUAUACGUAAAAGGCCUUUAUUUUUCCUAACAACUUGUCCCCAACUGACUGAACUGCAUGACAUCUCUGAUUUGGAGUCUAAAAAUAAAUUUAAUUUUGCAAUUCUGAAAGAUGAAGUCAAGAACUUCAAGGGCGAUAGUGGAUCUAAAACUCGUUUACUGGAAACAUUUUGUGUUUACUUUUACAAUUAUGGAAGAGCUUUACUGCGCACACCGGAAACUAGAGAAAACGGAUUUAAGCUCUUGGAAAAUGCAGCUUGCAUUUCAAACGUAGAUCGAGAGGACUUUAUUGAGGAUUAUUUAUUCAAAGCAAUGCACGAAAUAACAAAUGAUUUCGAGUUCUAUUUUGCUGCAUUAACAAUAAGAAUCCCAAUAGAAAGAAUUAUUGAAAAGUUUCGAUUAAAUUAUUCAGACGAUCUUAUUUCAACAUUCUUUCAUGAUGCCGGUUGCACGUUCAAUUUUUGGGCAAACAUCAGUUACAAAAAUCACACAAGAAUUUCGGACUUGGAAAGAGCCAACUUAUGCUUUAAAACUUCUAUACGAUUAUGCACAACAGAUCCUUGCGUUUGCGGCCAAUAUGCAUAUUUUCUUCUGAAUUUAAAAUAUUACAACGAUGCCCUUAGUUAUGCCGAGGACUGUCUUCGAAAAACUGAAGGUCAAAAAGAAUUCCAAUACUUAUUUUACUCAAAAAUGUUUAGUGAAAUUCUAGAUGCAAGACUAAUGGAACACGUGCGGAAAGAUCCAAAUCACGUUCUCACCGUCCCAUGUGACGUCAUUGCUCAUCAUGUGAUUAUUUUAGCCAAUAAGAUGGCCAGAAAUGAAAAUCAAGCAUUUUCGCGAAUCGGCAAAUAUUACGACAUAUGUCUUGACGAGAGAAACGAUCAUAAAUAUGAUUCCUUAGUUGUGUAUGGUUAUUCCUGUAUGGAAGUGAAUUUGUACGACGAGGCAAUAAAAGGGUUUGAAAAAGCAGUAGAAAUAUCACGGAAUGAGGUCAUUUUGGAUAACAUUGAAACUUGUAGAAUUGCAAAAAAGAACAUGAAGUGAGCGUGGUAAAUUUAUAACAAUAAUAUUGAAAGCAAUCAAGUUACAGACCCGUCCACAGGCAGUAAACUAACUGGCGGCUUUAAAUCGUUUGCCGCAAUAUACAUGAUAUUAAUGUUGUCAUAGAAUUGAUGUCUUUUUAUGUUAUCUUUGUAAACAUAACCGCUUAAUUAAGGAUGUUUGAAAGUUAAAAGGUGUUUAAAUUGAUACUAAUAUUAGAGAAAAAAUUAAAAUCACAAAAAUAUCUAAAAUGUCGAAAGGUUAUUGAUCUCUUUAUGUGAUAGUUUAGGUUAAGUUAUAAUUUGAAGGGAAAAGGCCUUUUCUGACUUUUACAUACAUGUUAAACAUAAUUGUUUACGACAAUAUUAAUAGAAAUUCAUUAAAACUGCGUUUAAUAGUUUUAAAGAACUUAUAAGAAAUAAAAAGGUUUUGCGCGAUAAACAAAACAACAAAACAAAUAAACAAAAAAUAAACUAAACUAUUUGAUAGAAAGUAGAGGCUCCCAGGAGCCUGAAUCGCCCACCUGAUCUCCACAGCUUCUUACUUACAAAUGUUAUAUGGUGUGUUACAUAAAAAAAUCUUGUAAAAAAUAUUGCAUAGCUUCCUGCAAUAUGAUAAUAGGUGUAAAGCAUAUAUUUUCUGAAAGUAAAAGAUUAAAUAAAAAGGAUUUAAAAUGGAAACUAAAAAGAAAUAUUAUCUUUAAAUGCACUAAUGCAUUCCAGUCUUUGAAAAUUCAUACCAUGCAAAAAAGCUGCUGUCAGACUUAAUCAUAUCGAAAUAUCACCAUAUAAAAACAAUAUUCCGAGUUUCAUUUUGGACCACCUAAAAUGUCAUUUCCUUAAACAUUUGGUAAACUAUGGAAGUAAAGCAACGCCAAAGGAACACCUGAAUCUCAUAGAAUGGAAAUCUCAGAAUGAUACUAUAUAACUAACACUGUUGUGACAGACCUGUUAUGAUUGGGGCCUAUGGCAUGGCUGCUAACGCUUGCUGAAAUUCGGCAUAGUCUGUCUGCACCAACAAUUAGAGCAAAAUUCUUUCCAGUAAAAUAUAAAAUUCAUAAACUGAGAUUUACCUUGUAACGAAGAAAUUGUCUUACUUAUAUCUUCAUUUUUAAUAUAUAAAAUUUAAACACAAAAUCAUGCUGAAACUCCAAGAAAAGUCAUUUUAGCGUGAUUUGAGUACAUUAGAUCAUUUUAAUAUUUUUGUGAUUUUUUUUUUUUGCCUGAAUAUUUAAAGACUAGAAAUUAUAUUUCAGUUAAAUAAGGACACAUACCUUUCAAAAUGAGAGAAAACAAAUAACUGUAAAAAUGAGAUGCCCGACAAUACUGUACAUAAUCUCUUAAGGUAUGGGUCUUAACCAAGAACUUACAAACAUAAAGUUAUUUAUAGGCUUUUAUAAGCUUUUAAAAAAUAGGAUUAUCAAGGAAAAGAAAAUUAAGAAAAGAUAAGCAAAUUAAUUACCUUUCAUUGAAAAGAUUUGUAACUCAAUUUUGAUUUUGGGAAAUACAAUUAAAACGUAUUGAGUGAGUUGGUCUUGUCAACGUUCUUUUAGUUGAUGCUUUUGUUUUGAAAAUAUCGAUUGUUUUGUUUUAAGUUGUUUUCUUAUGCUAAUUAAAGUUUGUGAAGUUAAUAUAUUUGAUUGAAUGUUUGUGUAUCUUAAAAUUGU